AAUGUAAACUCAGGGCAAAUCCACCCACUCCGACCUCAUGAAGAGGCAACUCUCUGACGUCUCACAACAAUGGCAACACCUGUGGAAGCGCAGAUCAACUGAAAGGCAACGUUGUAAAUUUCUGGUCGGAAAUUCCGAUAUCCAACUGCGAUUGGAGCGCAGAAUGAAACCAGAAGGUGGCGGUGGUGCAACAUGGAGGAUGACAGCAGCUGCCAUAAAACCCCAAAGAAGAAGAAGGCGGAAGCGGAAGCAGGAGAAGAGGCAGAGGUGUCGAUGUUUGGAGCUUGUUCUACAUAUUUCUUCUCCAGGUAACGUUCUACCCUCUAAACAGCACAGAUUAGCUGAUUAAACGGAAAAAAUCUGAAGUACAAUGACUCGCCAUGGAAAGAAUUGCACAGCCGGGGCUGUCUACACAUACCACGAGAAGAAGAAAGACACAGCGGCGUCUGGUUACGGGACACAGAGCAUUCGACUGGGCAAAGAUGCAAUCAAAGAUUUUGACUGCUGCUGCCUGUCCCUGCAGCCCUGCCGGGAUCCUGUGGUGACUCCAGAUGGAUACUUGUAUGAAAAACAGGCCAUUCUUGAAUACAUCCUCCACCAGAAGACAGAAAUUGCGAAAAGAAUGAAGGCGUAUGAGAAGCAGAAGCAAGCGCAGAAGAGCAACAGCCAGCUUGAGUCCAAGUCAGAGGAAAGAGAGAGGGUCGAGCGGUUUAAAACCAGGGAGAACAGCAUUGUGUCCAAACCCAUCAACCCAUUCACAUCUGCGCAGAGCAAAGGAAGCGAGAAGGCCAGUACAGACAGCAGCUCAGCAGAGUCCUCCAGCGCUGGUUCAGUUGCCAGUUCCAGCCAGAGCCUGCCCAGUUUCUGGAUUCCUUCUCUGACACCAGAGGCCAAGCCUACCCAGCUCAAGAAACCAAGCAAGGCUGUGUUGUGUCCCAUGUCAGGACGACCCAUUAAAAUGAAUGAGCUUAUCACAGUGCGCUUCACCCCGCUGGACUCGAGUCUGGACCGAGUGGCCCUGCUUACCCGCCAGGACAGGUAUGUGUGCGCCGUAACCAGAGACUCCUGGGCAACAGUGUCCCCUGCGCUGUUCUGAGACGCUCGGGUGCCGUAGC